AUGCAGCGUCUACGGCCUUCCUUCAGCAGCCAGAGAUUGGAUCAAGUUUCGUACGAAGAGCUCUGUCGUAUUCUUCGAGAAGCCGAAAUCCAACAUCCCACCGAGGCAAUGCUACUCAAAGUCAUCGCGAGGAUGCUCGAUCCAGAUCCUCGGUAUCGCCUCACGGCUUUUCAAGCCAUGGCUGCCCUUGUGGGUGAAUCGUCCAGCGGAUGUGAUCACUGCGAUCACUUUCACCAGGAUAUAAGACAAUUUGAGGACUGGGAAUGGAAAAUGGAGUCUGCAGCUGUACUGCUCCGGUCCGUUCCUCCAUCGACGGCCCCGGGCACUCUUCCACCAGUGUCAGCUCUGCUCGAAACUGCCAGAACGCCGCCCCCGGAAUCCUUUUCCGAGUUUUUAGCACAGCGCAGCUAUAGGAGAGAAUCUCCUCCCGAAUAG